GUUACUGCUGUGUUGUGGAUGGUCAAGAGAGUGUGCAUAAUUUGGAGAGAAUUACGCGCGGGUAGACGCCAGAUAGAAACAUCUUCAUCUCAAAAAGGGACAUUUCAGAGUCUCUGUUGAAUAUAGCUGUGGAAUGGAUUUAGAGCCAGUAGAAAGGUGAUGCGGGUAGAACACCCUAUUGGAAAGCGACUGUCACCUUUGCCUGAAGGUGUUCAAAGCUAACACCAUGCCAUAAGGAACUGUGUGCUACAACGGUUUUACUGUGGGCUGGAACUAUUCUUUUGGGCUGGAAAGAGGACCCUCUCCACUUUCAACAUGCUAAUAGCUAACAAUAGCAUUUUCAGAGAGCUCUUCCAAUGUCUCUGGCCGAUAGCAAACCACAGAGCUCCUCAGUCAGUGGAAUAAUCCUUAAUUAGGAACAACAAACGCACUGCACCUGCAUCUGCUCUACGUAAACACAUAUAUAUUGGACACAGCAAGCUGCCGUGCAGAAGCUCAAGACGGCAGCUGGCACCUCCAUGUGUGCACCUGUGUCUGUAUAGUUAGUGUGUAUGUUUCCCUGUCUGCGUGUGUGUGAGUGUGCGCCACCUUGGAUCCUCCUUGGAGCCGCACACAGCCCGGGCAUCCAGCCUUCGGCCCGGAGAUGCUGCAGACCAACAACUACUCCCUGGUGCUGCUGAUCCAGCUGAGCCUGUUGACCUUUGACCUGUUCGUCAACUCCUUCAGCGAGCUGCUGAGGGCAGCGCCCGUUGUCCAGCUGGUGCUCUUCAUUAUCCAGGACAUAGCCAUCCUGUUUAACCUGAUCAUCAUUCUGCUGAUGCUGUUCAACACCUACGUGUUCCAGGUGGGCCUGGUGUCCUUGCUGCUGGAGCGCUUCAGGGCCCUGCUGCUGCUCUCUGCCCUCUACCUGACCCUCAGCAUCUCCCUACACUCCUGGAUCAUGAACCUACGCUGGCUAAAAUCAAACCGCUAUGUGUGGACGGAUGGUCUCCAAGUGCUUUUUGUCUUCCAAAGAAUAGCGUCCGUGUUGUACUACUACUUCUACAAGCGCACCACAGAGUACCUGGGUGACCCUCGGCUCUAUGAAGACUCGCCUUGGCUCAGAGACGCCUUUGCCAAUGCCAGGGCCCGCCAGUGAGCAAAGAGCAGUGUGUGGAGAUUAAACUGGAAAGGACAGAUCCUAAAUUGACCCCUCCAUUUCCCCCCAGACACAGAGAGACACUGCUACGUGCAGAACUGAAAUAGACGCUACCGUGCACAGGCAUGGGCUUAUACGGAGGGAAGACGUGGGUAAACGUUAACAGGAAGGGUGAAAAAUGAGAUUCUGCUUGGAUACAGCAAGCCACUUUGCAGGGCAAGCCAGAUGUACUGUAAGAGGCAAACUGGUUUAGGGCCUUGAUUAAUGGACAGAAUGUUAUACCAAGAUGACUGUGAUGCUGAAAUUUUGAGAACUCAUAGUUUGAUGUGACAUUGACACAACAAGUUAUAUCUUUUUUUCACACUUUGUAACCUUGUGACUGAGGUUGUCUGUUAUUUAGCUAUCAAUGUAAUUAUUAUCUUUGUUGUUUUGUAGGAUGAUUUGAGAGUUUGUGUGCCAGAUUUUGUGUGUGAAGAUGACUGGAAAGAAAAACUAAUGUUUUAUGUGUUUAAAAUGCUUACUCCCCCCUCCCCCCCUGCUUUUUGUACAAAUGUAUUAAACAAAGCCCACACAGUGCAUACACUGAUA